GAUGGUGUUGACACGACCCAGAUGUCCAGAGAACAACUGGAAGUAUUUUGCCACAGAAUAAAAGAAGAAAAUGAGAGGGAACGCGAAGAACGCAACUUCUUUCAGUUGGAAAGAGACAAAAUUCGUACCUUUUGGGAGAUAACUAGAAACGAAUUGGAAGAAGCAAGAGCAAAACUAAGAAACAAGGAUCGUCAAAUCGAGGAAUCGACCGAAAAGAACGACGAAGAACUGAAGUUCUACAAGCAAAAAGUGAAGCACCUGCAAUACGAACACCAAAACAAUUUAACGGAAUGCAAGGCUGACGCAUUGGUGUCCCUGAAAAACGCCCAGGACGACUACACGGCCCAAGAAAGGGAACUGCUCAAGGACAAAAGAGAUUUGAAAAGCUGGACGAGGGAGCAAGAACAAACACAUCAGGACCAAAUAAGAACAAUAAAACUUCAACAUAGCGAAGAGAUAAAUAAAAUCAGAGGCGAAUUCGAGUGUAGGGCCAAGGAACUCGAACUGAAAUACGAGAAAAAAUUCAGCGACUUGAAGACAGAGCUCAACACAAAACACAACAUGGAACUGGCAGAAAUAGAUGAAAGGAAGAACUCCCAAAUCAACGAACUAAUUGCUCAUCACGAUAAAGCCUUUAACGAAAUGAAAAAUUAUUACAAUGACAUCACUUUGAACAAUCUGGCUCUGAUUAGCAGUUUAAAGGAUCAAAUGGAAGUGUUACGGAAACAAAACGAGAGAAUGACCAAACAAGUGGCAGAUCUGAAUGCUGAGAAUAAAAGACUGACCAUUCCUCUGCAACAGGCGCAAGCUGAUGUCCAGGAAUACAAAAGGCAAUUACAAAAUUACGAAAAGGAUAAAAUAUCCCUAGCUAACACGAAAGCAAAACUGCUCGAAACCAGCAAAGAACUAGGAAACGUCCAAUGGGCAUACGAUGCGUUAGAAUUGAGAUUUGGAAAGCUCCAAGAAGAAAGGGACGAACUCCACGACAAAUUCGUUAAGGCCAUAUUGGAGGUGCAGCAAAAGACGGGUGUCAAAAACAUACUGCUGCAGAAACGCAUAGAAACUUUGAGCAACGUCGCUGAACACCGCGAGGCCAUCAUAGGCGAACUGACAGCUGCUGCCCAAAAACCACCUGCCAAAUCUAAUCAAAAACUUGAGGAAAUUCUAGCCAAGAAAAACGCAACGAUCAGCGACUUGCAGUACGAGCUGGCCAGAGUGUGUAAGGCCCAUGACGAUCUAUUGGAAAUGUAUGAAGAGAAACUGGUUCAGUAUGGAAUUCCAAGAGGAGAGCUGGGUUUUACCCCGUUCAGGAUAGUACCCGGAGGACAAGGGGGUCUGGCUAGAGGACCCGCAGGCUUGGUUACCAAGAAUCGAUGAAUAAACUAAAGCAUGUAUCUUUGUA